AACAGCAGCAUUAGCAACAGUAAUAACAGCAGCAUUAGCAACAGUAACAACAGCAGCACAGUAACAACAAACAACAGCAGUAACAACCGCAACACCAGUAACAACAGCAGCAACAAUAACAGUAACAACAGCAACACAAACAACAGUAACAAC